AUGCUUGAGCUCUUCCCCGAACUAUACGACCAAGAGAAUGGUGCCUCGGACAAGUCAGCCGCUCUAUCUACCGAUCCGAUCCUCACCGACCGCAGUGCAUCUCUCUGGUCGCAACUUGUUGCACCCCCUCCUUUGCAGCCUCCGAACUGGAUUCGCAGUCGCAUCCGCCGCCUGUUCUUGGUAUCUCUCGGUGUGCCUGUCGACCUUGACGAGAUCCUGCCUGCCAGCAAACAAAAGAAACUGGUCCUCCCCAACAUUCAUCUGCCAGAACAAAAGAAAGAGGAUGGCAAGACUAAGCAAGAGGGUGGUAGUUCUACUGGAGGAAGAAGAGGACCUGCUCCUCCACCAGAGUUCAAUGCCAACGAAGCAGUCAUGCUUGCCAGAACGACAGAUACAGCGACCGAGGCCUACUCGGAUGAAGAAUUAAAGGCGCAUGUGAAAAGACUAGAAGAACUGAUCAAGGAUGCGAGCACAGUGCUUGAGUACUGGGUCAAAAGGAAAGAAAGUGCUGUAGGCGACAAGGAGGCAUUCGAAGGUGUUAUCGAAAAUCUUGUUGGCUUUGUCAAGAGCAGACGAUGA